AAUUUCACAACCAUGUGCAACUUCCGGUCCUCCGUGUAUUUCCCUACAGAAAACCCGUAAUCGGUCCUUUUUACGAAUGUACAGAGAGAGUCAACAUGCCUCUCGCUAAAGAUUUACUGCAUCCCUCCCUUACUGAGGAGAAGAGGAAGCACAAAUUGAAGAGACUUGUACAAAGCCCUAAUUCUUAUUUCAUGGAUGUAAAAUGCCCAGGCUGUUAUAAAAUCACCACAGUUUUUAGCCAUGCUCAGACAGUAGUGCUGUGUGUUGGGUGUUCAACAGUGCUGUGUCAACCAACUGGAGGAAAGGCCAGGUUAACAGAAGGGUGUUCGUUCAGAAGGAAGGCACAUUAAGCAGUUGCAGCAGAGGAGCUAAUGAUUUGUGGACAUUCAAAUAAGAACAUCAUGUGAAAGCAAUGACUUUUAUCUAUUAAGUGAAUUGAUCGUCUUCUCAUUGGACUGAUCUAUUAUUGUAAAUCACAAUCCAUGAUCUGUGAAUACUAAUAAAUACAACUUGUAUGUAUGAAGGAA